AUUGGUAGUAUUUAUUUAUUUUUGCGCCAAGGUUAUUUGAUUAUAGCACCCCACUUUGCAGAAAUGGCGAUAGCAGCACUAUCCAUUUUCUCAAAUUCUCCAUCUUCUUCUUCUUCUUCUUCUUCUUCUUCUACAACAACCUUUCAUCCCUACCCAUCAAACCCUUCACAUUCUCUUCAACCCACAACCUUUUCCCCUCCUCUUCAAACUCAACCUUCCUUUUCCCUCCUCACCAAAUCACACCCACCAAACAACUACUUUUCCAGCUUCCGUUUUCGACCCUCCAUUCACUCAUUCUUCCGCUGCCGCAGCAGUAGCAACGCCCCCAAUGUCGACGUCCAAUUCGGGACAGCUAUCUCUUUAUUUCAAGAAAUUGGUAUUAGCUUUGAGGAAACCAAAUUGCUCUUGCUCAAAUCCAAUGAACUUACCUCUAUACAACUUGAUUCAUUGCGUGAUCGCGUUCUUUCUUUACACUCUCUCGGGUUAGACCGUGUUUCAAUCAAUCAUUUUGUUACCAACCGUUUAACUGUGCUAACAACUAAUGAAAUUGACCCAUUGUUGAGUUUUUUGAGAAAUGAAUUACAUGGACAACUUGCGCAAGCAAAGCUCAAGCGUCUUUUAUUGAGUAAUGAACCAAAAAAUUUAUCCUCGUUUCCUCAGAAGGUUCGAUUGCUUGUUGACCGAGGAAUGCCGGUUGACAAGAUUGUAGGUGUGCUUAACAAAGUGAAUUUGUCAAAGGCAAUUUGUAAUAGGUCAAUCAAUGAAAUUGAAAGAAUUAUAGAUUUCUUAGAACCUUUUGGUGGUGUUAAUUUGAUUGUGAAACACCCUGCAAUUCUCAAUCAUUGUUUGGAUUCUAAGCUUAUUCCUAGAAUCAGUGUUCUUACUAAGUUAAGUGGUGGAGAUGAGGAUGGUAUUAGGAUAGUGUUGAAUAGGUUUCCUUUUAUCUUGAAUUAUACUGUGGAACAUGUAGAGGAACAUCUACAGUUUCUGAGGUCAUUUGCAGACCUAGAUGAUGAACAAAUAUUUAAGAUAGUGUUGGUGUUUCCAGCUAUUUUUACAAAUAACAUAGAGAGGAAACUGCGUCCUAGAAUACAAUUUCUCAAGGAAUGUGGGUUAGACUCCGAAGAUAUCUUCAAGUUCUUGAUCCAAGCACCGUUGUUUUUGAGCGCUUCGUUUCGCGAUAACCUUGCGUAUAAGUUUGUGUUUCUGGUUAAGAUUGGGUAUAAAUAUAGGACGAAAGGGUUGGCAAUGGCGAUUGCGGCUUCAACUAGAAUAAGCUGUGAGAAUAUGCAGAAGGUGCUGAGUUUAUUCUUGAACUACGGCUUUUCAUUUGAAGACAUUUUUGCUAUGAGUAUGAAGCAGCCAUUGAUACUGCGGUAUAAUCAUGCCUCUGUAGAGACGAAGAUGAAGUACUUGAUAGAGGAAAUGAAUCGUGACAUUCGGGAGUUGCUGGAUUUUCCUGCAUUUCUUGGGUACAAGUUCGAUGACAGAAUUAAGCAUAGGUAUGAAAUAGAGAAGGGUUUAAAAGGGGGACAGAUAUCUCUCAAUCAGCUGUUAACUGUUUCAAGUGAGAACUUCACCGACAAACAAAAAAAGGAUUCUUCUGUAAAAUCUGAACUAAAAUAAAGGUGAACAAAUGACUCUGUUUACCUUUUCCUUAUACAUUUUUGGUUCCUUGAUGAAGAUCCGUUUUUGUGAGGGAUUGAAUUAUAUUUUACAAGGGGUAUGAAACCAUGGUUCAAGGUUGAAUGAUAUUCACAAAGAAUUGAUGAUUUAUUGAAAGACUAAAAUGAAUAUAGGAUGUGGUUGAAGGUUUAUAAAGAUUUUUCUUUUGUUGAAUAUAAAGAUGUUUGUUUCAAAUGCACUUGAAGUUGGUAAGUGUGCUUUUCUUUUCUUUUUACUCAACUUGGUAAUUAUGCAGAACAAAUGUGUGGUUUAGUAAAAAUAAAAUGCCUGGUUAAUAUA